UCGUCGAGCGACCUGUGUGGAACGGAAGGCGGUCGGCGGUUGGCGCUCGGCCCAGCGAUUCGCUUUUGAUUUCGUUCGUCUCUGUCGUGUCUCUUGUCGUGUUACUUGUGCCGCUUCCGAACCCAGCCACACACAUAUCGAAAUCGGAGCCCGCCGCCCGUGUUUUGUGUGCCAUCCGCUUGGCUUUCUACCGUUUGUUUAUAUUUUUUUGCAAUUUUUUUUGUUUGGCCAUUUCUUGUGGCGAAAAUCCGCGGAGUCUCUGAGGCGGAUCUCAAGCACUGUCUGAAGGAUAACGCGCCCAUCCUGCAUCCUGCAUCCUGCGCCCAUGGCACAGUCGACGGCGACGUCUCCCCCCUACGGGAGCGGUAGCCUCUCCGUUCCCGAUCCCGCCCCUGGCAAGGAGCCCAGCCCGAUGCCGGACCCGGAUCUGCCGACGCCAGCCCAGUCUCCGGCCAAGCCACUCUCAUCCGCAACUCCAGGCCCAGCCACCACAGGAGCACCAACUCACCACCAGCAGCAGCAACAGCAACAGCUCCAGCAGAAAACAAUCCCUGACCAAGAACCAGGCCCAGGCCAGACUACCAUAAACAACAACAACCCCGCCACCAGCAACAACAACUACAGCAGGAACGAAAAGAAAAGGGACGACGAACGCGACAAGGACGACCAGGGCGAAGACGACGGCGAGGACCAAGUAGGAACAUUGCCAUUGCCAUCCAUUAACAGGCUCCUCCCCCGCGCCAUCCGCUCCUCCUCCUCCUACCCGGACCUCUGUACCUGCUGCAACUGUGCCUGCAGCAGCUCCUCCUCCUCCUCCUCCGCCUCAUCCUCCUCGUCCUCCGCCUCCAACUCCUCCUCAGCAGCCGCAGCCGUUGCCGUUGUCAAGCAGCUAGCCCGCUGCGUGACCGCCACCAGCAUCAUGGACAUGCCAUACAACACCUCGCCGUCGCUACGCGUGCGCACCACCUCGCUGAACCAGCUGAAGAAGACCGCCGAUCUGGCGAUCGAGAACGAGCUGCACGUCUGCCCCUCGGUGAUGUCCGAGGAGCUGCGCAAGCUCCUGCCCCCCACCUCGGAGACGGUCAUGACCAAGCCGUUCCCCGUGCGCGGCGAGCGCACCAUAGCCGACUGCACCACUCCGCACGUGAUCGCGAUGGUGGGCUUGCCGGCGCGCGGCAAGACCUUCAUCUCGAAGAAGCUGGCCCGCUACCUCAACUGGAUCGGGAUAGCGACGCGCGUGUUUAACCUGGGGGAGUACCGACGACACGCCACCACGGCCUACAAGUCGCACGAGUUCUUCCGCGCGGACAACGAGGAGGCGAUGGCCAUCCGAAACCGGUGCGCCAACCAGGCGCUGCACGACUCCUGCGAGUGGCUGCUGAGCGGUCAGGGCAGCAUUGCCGUCUUCGACGCCACCAACUCGACCCGCGACCGGCGGCAGCUCAUCUACGACAUUGUGGUGAAGCAGCACGGCUUCCGGCUGUUCUUCGUUGAGUCGAUAUGCGACGACCCGCAGAUCAUCGAGCAGAACAUCCUGGAGGUGAAGGUCAGCUCGCCGGACUACCUGAACAUGAACACGGAGCUGGUGGUGCGCGACUUCCUGCAGCGCAUCGAGCACUACGAGGAGCGCUACCAGCCCAUUGACGAGGUCACCGAGGCCCACCUCAGCUUCAUGAAGGUCUACAACGCCGGCAAGAAGGUGGUCGUCUACAACAACGAGGGGCACGUGGAGUCGCGCAUCGUCUACUACCUGAUGAACAUCCACAUCACGCCGCGCACCAUCUACCUGACGCGGCACGGCGAGAGCGAGCACAACCUGAGCGGUCUGAUCGGCGGCGACUCGAACCUGAGCGCCCGCGGCCACCAGUACGCCCGCGCCCUCUCCACGUUCAUCUCCCAGCAGCACAUCGACGGGCUGCGCGUGUGGACCUCCUGGAUGAAGCGCGCCAUCCAGACUGUGGCCGACGUGAAGGCGCCCCAGGAGCGCUGGAAGGCCCUCAACGAGAUCGACGCCGGCCACUGCGAGGAGAUGACCUACGAGCAGAUCAAGGAGCGCUUCCCGGAGGAGUUCAAGGCGCGCGACGUGAACAAGUUCGCGUACCGCUAUCCGCGCGGCGAGAGCUACGAGGACCUGGUGGCCCGCCUGGAGCCGGUCAUCAUGGAGCUGGAGCGGCAGGGAAACGUGCUGGUGGUCUCGCACCAGGCCGUGCUGCGCUGCCUGUUCGCCUACUUCCUGGACAAGUCCGCCGACGAGCUGCCCUACCUGUACGUGCCCCUGCACACGGUCAUCAAGCUGACGCCGGUGGCCUACGGCUGCAAGGUGGAGCACAUCAAGCUGCCCAUCGACGCCGUGGACACGCACCGGCCCAAGCCCAAGAUCCCCGGCGACGUCAGCGAGCCGGGUCUCGACGGACUCAGCGGCGAACUGGUGGCGCCCGAUGGCGUCGGCAAGGUGCUCAUCGUGGGUGACGACGUGGCGACGGUCACGAACGGCAAUGGCGGGCGCGUCGACACCCAGGCGCACCAAUGACGGCGUCCGCAUCCACCUCCGCACCCACCUCCAAAGUCCAAGACCCUUUAGGAACGGCAGCUGGAACUACCGGACACAGACCAACCACUACCUUCCCGAAUCCUACCCAUCGCACCCAAACACCUGAAACCCUUCGACCCAGACCCAGACUCGGACUUGGACCAGGACGUGGACCUGGACGUGGACGUGGACGUGGAGAUGACUGUCUUUUAUGUUUCGGACUGCUUACGAAAUUGUGAUUGAUCCACUGAGCUGUUUACUACGUACUUUAAAGAAGAAACCCAGAUUUGAUAGCCUUUACACUUGUAACCGAUGAAGGAUAUGGACCCUAUACUUAACUCUCUUACUCUACGCCUGUUCUGCGACAGCGCCACCCGGCCGCACUCGAUGUGAUUGACUUGCCCUACCCAUACCCCUACCCAACCACAUAGACAUACAUACGUAUACCCUAUAUAUCAAAUAUAUACAAGCUGUUGUGUACUGUAGCACGCCCCAGGCACCUUUGUGUUUUUAUCGAAGCUUGGCGAGCUUCGGCUGUCGGACGAGAGGACUCUUGAUUCCAUUAGCCAACCGCGUGUGCUGGCGCAGCUCCGGCUGCUCGCCCGCCAUGCUCUAUGUAGCUUCUAUGGUUCGCGCCCUGUGCGAAUAUUGUAAUGACACUAUAAUAUCAUCUAAUCUUAUUCAAAGCAAAUAAAUAACCGAUUAUCACCACAAACCAA